AGUAUAGGUAACUUAUGUGUGGGACUCUUCUAAGAGGAUCCCCUCCAAGGGACUAGUACGCACCAUUUCCGUGUAACAGUCCAAGCUUGAACGAACACGUCGCUUUCACACACUUCAGAAUCCCAUAGAUUAAAGCAGAACCCAAGAAAAUAAAAGUUUAGAUCCAACACAUUGUUUCCCUCUGUUCUCCACUGUGUUCAAACAGAAACAAGAACAACAAAAACAGAAUUGAAGAUGGAGGACCUAGCGCAGGUUCUAGGGUUGAGCGCAACGAGGGUGGCGAGCGCGGUGAUCUCGGCGGCGCAUAACGCCAGUGCCCACCGCCGGAACUGCGAGCGCUUGGUGGAGCAGGUGAGGAUGAUAGGGAACCUGCUGGCGACGCUGGAGUCCACUGAGGUAGCACGGCUGCCGGCGACAAAGGAACCGUUGGACGGUCUCCAAGAGGCUCUGCGGGAAGCGUUGGAAUUGGUGGAAAGUUGCAAAGACAAGAGUUACCUUUACAUGCUUGCCAUGGGUUGGAGCGUAGUGAACCAGUUCCGCCACGUUCAGACGCAGAUCGAUCGUCACCUUCAACUCGUGCCCCUCAUCUCCGCUGUUCACGAUUUUCGUAUGCAGCAUCUCGGCCAAGAGGAUCAAACGGAAUACACUCUGGAUGAAGAAGAAAUGGAGACCCAAAAUGUGAUACUAAAGACUAAUUGAUCUAAGAAGGAUGCAGGUAUAUUGGAGAAGUCCUUAUCUCGUAGGUACCCUGAUCUGGGGUUCCACGAGGCCCUCAAAGAGGAGAAAGAAAAACUGCAUAUUGAACUACAUAGAUCAAG